CCUUCUUAGUUCACCUAAGCAAAUGCAGCCUCCUCUGCUCUUGUCUGGACCGCUACAAAUCCCAUCAUUGUCCCCCCCAAAACACACCCAUUUUCCAGGAUUCUCCUCCUUAAUCCGCUCAUUAAUCUUUGGAUUAUCUAAAUGACAUGUGCCCAAGAAUCCUCUCCUCUUUCUCUCUCUUUGUCAUCUCUGUGGGCCCAAAACAAAUGGGAAAUCUCUGGCAGCGGCUAACACUAUGGCACGUGCAUCAAUCGUAACCAGCCUUUUCCAAGAAGAGAGAGAGAGAGAGCGCCUCCCCACUCUACAAGAACAAUUGUUUCGAGGGACGAAGCAACUGUUUUGCAACCUCUGAAUACGUUUCGUGCUAUUUUCAUUUGGUGGUUAUGGUACAUGACUUUAUGAAUGAGUGAAAGGUAGCCAACCAGGAAAUCGUGGGAAGAGGAACACUCCAUCUUCAAACUCUCAAAAGAAAAAGAUAAAAAAAAAGGACAUCCUGUUUUAUGCAUGUUUGAAAAUAGGAUCCUCAUUCAACGUAUUACGUAUCAAGAAGGGCCCCCUCAGAAACUGUAACUUGUACCUUACAAUUUUUUGUGAGUCAUUAUUGGGAGGGGGUUUUCUUGAUUUCACGUUUUUUUUGUUUGAUGAUCAAGAGCCUUCUCUUGUUUUUUCUUGAAGAAGGCUCAAACGCCAACAUUCUUUCGUAUUUCAUCUGUGUUUCAAUUGGCACAUUUGAUAUAUAAAUCUGCAAAAUUUUCUUGGGGGGAAGCUCAAGAAAGAGGAUGAUCUCGUGGUGGAUAUCAUCUCUCCAAUUGGCGGAGCUGUUUGUGAGUUCUCUGGUGCAUUUGGCAUAUGGGUUUUACAUAUUUAGCACUGCUGUUGCUGGGGAUCUCUCACAGGCAUUCAGCGAUUGGAUUUUCAAGCCUAAUUUGGCUGCUGGGUUGAGAAGGGACGACUCAGAAAAGUCCACCACCGUUGACGAUUUGCCUCCCAUUGUGUUGGUACAUGGAAUCUUUGGUUUUGGCAAAGGGAGAUUGGGAGGUUUGUCUUAUUUUGCCGGAGCAGAGAAGAAGGAUGAAAGGGUUCUUGUGCCUGAUUUAGGCUCAUUAACUAGCAUAUAUGACAGGGCCAGAGAAUUGUUCUAUUACCUGAAAGGAGGGCAGGUUGAUUAUGGAGAAGAACACAGCAGGGCUUGCGGGCACUCACAGUUUGGCAGAGUUUAUGAAAAAGGGCAUUACCCUGAAUGGGAUGAGGAUCACCCAAUUCACUUUGUGGGGCAUUCAGCCGGAGCACAGGUUGUUCGGGUCUUGCAACAAAUGCUAGCUGAUAAGGCAUUCAAGGGGUAUGAAAACACUUCGCCAAACUGGGUGUUAAGCAUAACCUCAUUGUCUGGAGCAUUCAACGGUACAACAAGAACCUACUUGGAUGGAAUACAGCCAGAAGAUGGGAAGUCACUGAAGCCCAUCUCUCUGCUGCAGUUGUGCCGCAUUGGAGUAAUUCUUUAUGACUGGUUUGACAUUCAAUGGCUGAAGGCCUAUUACAAUUUCGGAUUUGACCAUUUCAACAUGUCUAGAAAGAAAAUCGGCAUUUGGGGUCUGCAUCUGGAGACUGGAUUCUUCCCGAUCUUACGAUUCAAGGGUCCAUCAGAUUAAACAGCCAUAUACAGACGUUUCCUGAUACGUACUAUUUCAGCUAUGCAACCAAGCGUACAAGGAAAAUGAUGGGUGUCACAAUUCCCUCUGGCCUACUUGGAAUACACCCUCUGCUAUUCAUCCGAGUCCUGCAGAUGAGCCAAUGGCGUUACCCUUCUGACGUCCCUCCUCCUUAUAAAGGUUACCGGGAUGAAGACUGGUGGGACAAUGAUGGAGCACUCAACACCAUAUCUAUGACGCACCCUCGUUUGCCAGUUGAACACCCUAGCCAUUUCGUUGUAAAAGAUUCAGAAUGCCAACCUUUACAACCAGGCAUCUGGUAUUACAAGAUCGUCGAAGGUGAUCACAUUCUUUUCAUAGUGAACCGGGAGAGAGCCGGAGUUCAAUUUGAUCUGAUAUACGACAGCAUUUUCGAGCGAUGCAGGAAGCACGUAUUCAGAAAGACUCCAACAAUGCCAAAUCAACUGCACCAAUAGUUCAUAAAUGUAAAUCUCAAUCACACUUGAAGUGGAAGAGAUAAAACAACAGAUUGGUUAGAUACUGUGAAAACUUGGCUAAUUUCUUUUUUUUUUGUUUUAGUUUCUUUCUUUUUUUCUUUUUCUCUUUUUGGUGGGGGGCUUUGGCCUCACGUAGCUGGUGGAAAUGUCAGUGGUCUGCUUUCUUUCAGCCUCUGUAUUUAUCAUGUAUUACAUUUGUAGGUGUUAUUGUCUUGGAAUAGACAGAAGAGCACUAUUCAAAGGAUUAUACACAACUGUACUUACAUUA